CAGUGGAGGAGGAGGAGGAGGAUUGGGGAAGAUGGCGGCAGCUGAGGCCACGAACUGCAUCAUGGAGAAUUUUGUAGCCACGUUGGCUAAUGGAAUGAGCCUUCAACCACCUCUUGAAGAUGUGUCCUGUGUCCAACCCGAGGCCAGCGAGAAGCCUAAUGCCGAGGACAUGACUUCGAAGGAUUAUUAUUUUGAUUCUUACGCCCACUUUGGCAUCCAUGAGGAGAUGCUGAAGGACGAGGUACGCACCCUCACCUACCGCAACUCCAUGUUCCACAACCGGCACCUGUUCAAGGACAAGGUGGUCCUGGACGUGGGCUCCGGCACCGGCAUCCUCUGCAUGUUCGCCGCCAAAGCCGGCGCCAAGAAGGUCAUCGGGAUCGAAUGCUCCAGCAUCUCCGACUACGCAGUCAAGAUCGUCAAAGCCAACAAACUGGAUCACGUGGUUACCAUCAUCAAGGGGAAGGUGGAGGAGGUGGAGCUGCCGGUGGACAAGGUGGACAUCAUCAUCAGCGAGUGGAUGGGCUACUGCCUGUUCUACGAGUCCAUGCUCAACACCGUGCUUUACGCCCGGGACAAGUGGCUGGCCCCCGACGGCCUCAUCUUCCCCGAUCGGGCCACCCUCUACGUGACCGCCAUCGAGGACCGGCAAUACAAGGACUACAAGAUCCACUGGUGGGAGAACGUGUACGGCUUCGACAUGUCGUGUAUCAAGGACGUGGCCAUUAAGGAGCCCUUGGUGGACGUGGUGGACCCCAAGCAGCUGGUGACCAACGCCUGCCUCAUUAAGGAGGUGGACAUCUACACGGUCAAGGUGGAAGAUCUGACGUUCACGUCUCCGUUCUGCCUGCAAGUGAAGCGGAACGAUUACAUCCACGCCCUUGUCGCCUACUUCAACAUCGAGUUCACACGCUGCCACAAGCGCACGGGCUUCUCUACCAGCCCCGAGUCCCCCUACACGCACUGGAAGCAGACGGUCUUCUACAUGGAAGACUACCUGACCGUCAAGACAGGCGAAGAGAUCUUUGGCACCAUCGGCAUGCGGCCCAACGCCAAGAACAACCGCGACCUCGACUUCACCAUCGACCUAGACUUCAAAGGCCAACUCUGUGAGCUCUCCUGCUCCACUGACUACCGGAUGCGCUGAGGCCCUUCCUCCCUCCCCCGGCCCCCCCCGCCCCUCCUCCCCGUCCUCCAUGGCUGUGGCCCCCCCCAACCCCACCCCCUCGGGCCCACGGGCCGUCCGGUUAUUUUAGGUGCCCAGGGGCGAGGGGCCUGCCUGUCUUCGCCGCCCCGCGGGUUGCCAUUGUGACUGUGUUUUUCAUAACUUAUGUUUUUAUAUGGACAUGGCCGCAUUCGUGACAAUAAAGCGAUAGCCGCGA